GGAAACGUAGCUAUCAGUAGCAUUCCUGUUGGCGAUGAGGGAGUGGAGUCGACGUUCUUCAAUGACAAAGUUCUGCCGCUCAUUGUGGAAGCGCUGACUGAAUACCUUAAGCUCGAUAUAAUCGAAAUUCCUCAGUCCUCAUCGAAUGCAUGGGCGCAUGGUUGGGGAGGACAGCGGGAAAGUGAGCAGCAUCAAUUUGCUGAAGUACGAGUUUGCCGCUUGUUGCUUUAUCUUCAAGAUCGCGCUGACAUUGGUGGACCCGUUCUCAACAAAGUUUUCCCGCUGUUUCUGGUGUGUGUAUCAAACGUCCAUGAGCGGUUAACGACUGAAAGUGUUCAGGUCAAAGAGAAUAAGGAUGCAGAUAAUAGUUUGGAUCGUAAUCACCUACGGUUAUCGUUUGACCUGAAGAAGAGCCCGUCCAAUUCCCGCUUUUUGAGUGGUGAUAAUGAAGCCGACAAAACGAAGGAGCAGGUCGUGACAUUCUGUCUGGAUACGUGUAAUCUCGACGGGGACCCUAUUUUACGUGCCCAAUUUCUGCCAAAAUUGUUGCGACGGAUACUCAGUGGUCUUCAUACCGACCAAAAACUAGUUCUCGUGGAUAAUUCAGCCUUGCUGAUGAUUAUCGAAGUUUGCACCAGGUUACUCGGAGAGAUAUCUCAAGGCGGAGCAUUUGAACCCAGUGUGCACAACGAUGAGUUGUCAGAAGGGUCAAGCAUUGUCGGAAGUCCUCGGAAGCAUGCGCCGAGCCCAGCUGUAGGAGGUGUGAAUGAUGACGAUCAAGCGCUCGUUGAACUGUGCGUUAACGAAUGCCUCAUGCUGCUUUCAUGGGUUUCGCAAAUCUACUAUACAUCUCGGUCGAGUAAUCGCCUUCUUUUACUCUCUUCUGUGUGCAAUCUCACCUCACAGUUUGUGGAUUAUCCGCUCUACUGUUUCACCUUAGAGCAUCACAGCAGUCCUAAACUGCCGUGUUGGCUUGAAGAGCUUCUGAAGAUCAUCGACGCUUCGGAUCUAUCAGCGAGAACAACCGCAUUUGAUUUGAUACUUUCCAUCUACUUGAAAUGUUCGUCAGUACUGGCACAGCAUGAUGCUGCAAGUGGGCGGAUGUCCGAAGGUUCUGCGGCUGUUGCUAGCGAAGGUGAAGGUAUCCACCCAACAACAGUGUUGUUGAAGCCGUUGCUGUUCGCGCAGCAACUCCAUCAGUUGGAGCGAGAACGAGUUUUUGAGCGCUGCGGACUAGCAGUAUGGCGAGGGCUUGGUUCUUCGCAGUGCUCGCAAGAGCACGAGCGGCUAGCUCGAUUAAUGGCACUGUUGCACUCACGAAGACCCAACGAACCAAGCAGCGAUAUGGAACACAUAAUAGUUUCUGCACUGACCAGCAGCGAU